AGUGUAAAAAAAACAGGUAAUUGGAGAGUAACUUUUUAUCAUCACAGUUAUCUAAACUCUAAAUAUUAACUGGCUUGGAUAGAUUUGAAAACUAUGUUUCAACACUAGAUUUUCGCCUGAAGCAGAAGUGGUUCAAAAACACGCUUGUGGACUGAAAAGGUGGAGCAUAUUUACCGGAUCUGUUUGACAACCUAUGUUUGUUUUUUUCCAAUGAACUGUUACCUUCUCUGGCUUUAUCUGUACAUUGUUUAUAUAUACCUUACAGAUAAAUAUGAUUUGCCGACCUAAAAUUGAACUUAUUCUGAUCCAAGGAUUCCCUUCAUGACACAAAGCUUUGAUUCUACCAUCUCAAGUUUUCUUGGAUUAUGUGUGUAAUGUCAGUUCUUUUAAUAGUACUGAAUUGAACCAAAUUUAACUGAGCCAGCAUCAAAAAAACAAACAAAAAAAAAUCUUCACCCCCUUGAAACAAAUCUCAAAGAAGCUCCAUCUUUGUGCCACGUCGGCACACACACUGCAGACUGAGUUUGAUGUGGUGACGUGAUUUAAAGACUAUCUGAUCUCUCAGUUGACUGUGAACACUGUCUUGCCAGCGUCCUCCUACACAGACUGCAACACAUUUCCACUGAAUGAUGGGAAAGCAGACUUCAGCUCAGACACACACAGACUCCUUGAGGAGGUUGCUGGCUUGGACCCCUCGUGGUAAAGGGCCAUGAAAUGUGCUUUGAUACUGGAUUCAAGUAUUUCUGUGUUUCUGUUUUGCAGUACUUUAAGUCGUAUUGGUGUCUUUUAUGAGUAUCUUACAUUGCAAAACAUGUUCACAUCUCUGCCCACUAGAUGGCACUCUUUGUCCUCUCUUUGUUUUGCAACUCAAAACAAUGUUUAAUAGUUUAUCUAAAGUCUUGGCAAGACUGCUGCGAUUAAGAGCAAUCAGGAACAGAAUGACAAAAAAUAAAUAAAUAAAUCCGCCCAUUGUUUGCUGCUGAGUGCUGGUGCAUACUGGAUUUUCCGGUGAUUUUGGUGCCUGGAGUUUCCUUAUGAUCAAUGCCAACAGGUAAUAGAUAGCGUAUUGUAUCAGUAACAAAAACACCUUUAUGAAAAUAUGUGAGACAAUUAAAAAAAAAAAAGAAACAAGAACCAACUGCAAUGCAGGAUAUCCUUACUUCCCUGUCAAAUCAUCUGUCAGAGAUACGCUGUCUCAAAGCUCUAUUGUUUGGUCUAGAUAUGCUUCAGGAAACAAACACACCACACAGCUCCUGCCCUGCUGGCUCCUUUAUCUGUUAGUACCCAUUUUACUCUUAGGCCUGGCACACCUUUGCCCUCUCCAGGUGAAUGCAGCAGUCAGUUACUGAGGCAGCCUUGCCGUGCGAAGGCUGGUUGACAUAUCUGUCAUCUUUGCCUCAAUAAUAGCCAGAGCGUGAGAGCCAGCACCGCUGAAGUCAGUUAUUCAUCCUCUGCCUUCCUAAUGUGGACAGAAGUCAGGCAGCAGAGCUCGCACAGCUGUUUUAUGAGGCCGUUACCCCCAUUUCCUGGGCGGAGAUAUAUAUUAGACGCCUAACAGGAACCAGCAGAAAAAGAGACGAGUUGAGAGCGAGAGAGAGGGUGCGUGAGAUACCGGAGCUCUGAGUGCUCACAAAUCACUUUGCCACCAGCAAGCUCUGACAGGCUUCGGCAGAGAGGCCGGGGUCGGAAGCCGUGUCAGCCGAGGCCCACAGGAGCCGCAGAGGGCACAGACGAGGUGACACCGGCGGAUGGACAGAGGCAACACAAGCCAGACUUUCCCAAAACAACAAGGCAGGCUGAGACGGAUGGCUUCCCCUGGCUGCUGCUGCUGCUGUGCUUGCACUGUCUGGAGGCUGCUCUCUUGUUCAGAGAAGGUGUGUCAGCUUUAAAAUCUCUUACACGGGCACAGGGUUUCCUGACACCUUAGCCGCCCGAUAGCAGAUCUGCUGUUCAACUGUCACUCUUCGCAAACAGGAAGAUAACUGCUUCUUCAUGCUUUACUGAAAGCAGAUGAUGAUAGUGUAGAGCCAGGGGCCUCGAAAACAGCUCUGCAGCGACAGAUCACAUGCUGUAAAUGUCGAAAAAGAGGUAGUUAAAGCAGAGAGCAGUACGUGCUUGUCACACAAUCUGCUGCUGGCAUGCACACACGUUUGUGUCUGUUCUCAACUACUAUUUUUAAGAUCAACACCACAUUUUGUUUCCUCUUCACCGGGGAUAUCUGAUUAGCUCUUGGCCGACUUGAAGCCCCCUGAGAGCUGUGUGAGCUGCAGAGGAAGCCAGAGGUCAUUUGAUCGAACUUUAAAAAAAGAGAGAGAAUUAGGGCAGGCAUUUUUGCCCCGGUUGUUGCGCUUUCUGUUCCCAGCUAAAGUUUCCAGGCGUUAAAUCUGCUCCUCCGAAGGUUUCCUGGGGGCCAGGGAGUGAGAAGCCCUGCCAACAUCAGUCAUCAUUUUGCUGACUGGGGUACAGCUCCAUCUACAUUUACUUGCCGCUGGGGACAUGUAAUGAGAGACUGAGUAACAGCCCUGAGCUAACACGUGGAGGCGCAUAAACCUGGUCCCAGUAAGACAGGAUUCAGUGUAAUCCUGCAGGUGAAGGCUUGAAGUCGAGUAUUUCACUUUUGCUUUGCGCUGAUGGCUACUGAAGAAGCCCUUUGACUCUGUGCUGGUGCUGGGACUGCACUUGACAGCUCCCCUCUGAGCUCACUUCAGUGUCAGAAACCGACUGCCCACUGAGAUUUUCUCCACCUGUUUCCAAGCAAGGAAAACUCAAGCGUUAGGUGUUUUUUUGCAGAGGUGGUGACAGCUGGGGCACACAGUUUUCAGGACUCUCCACACUGCUGUAGUUGUUCUGUUGUGUGUAAACACCUUACGUCAGUCACACCUUUCCACGGAGUGAUUCACUGCUCCCUAAACAAUCCCCGGUCGGAGGCAGGGAGUAAAGAAAAGGUCAGAGAAACUUUCCCAAAGCUCAGAAGUGCUGGAACGGUGAAGCUGUCACGAUGAAACUGGAGUUCUUGCUGUUGAUGGUUGCGUACCUGUUGGACAAUGUGAGCAGCAUGUCUACAUGUAAGACGGUGGACCAGGAGAUCAUAAAGAAGAAGCGCAUUGAGGCCAUCAGGAGCCAGAUCCUCAGCAAACUGAGGAUGGCGAAAGCACCUGAGCCGGAGGAGGCUGGAGAGAAGGAGGAGAUCCCCACCAACCUGCUGUCACUCUACAACAACACCAAGGACAUGCUGAAGGAGCAGCAGACGGAGGUCAAGACCGUCGUCUCCUCUGAGCAGGAGGAGGAGGAAUACUUCGCCAAAGCGCUAAACAAGUUCAACAUUACCAAUAAAACUAGCACUGCGAAGCACAAAACAAUGAUCUUCAACAUGUCUGAGAUACGGGAGAGCGUGGGGGACUCCAGCCUGCUGACCCGCGCCGAGCUCCGGAUGCUCAUCAAGAACCCCAGGAUACUCGAAGAGGAGCGGGUGGAGCUCUACUACAGUUCAGGAACAACUUUUCGGUACCACACUUCCCAGUUUAUAACCAAUGCACUGAAAAACAAAUGGCUGUCCUUUGACGUCACCGAACCCCUAAGGACUUGGCUCAGACAGACAGAGAACAAACAGAUCUUCCAACUGCGUCCGUUCUGUGACUGUGAAAAGCCCAACACCACUUUCAGUUUCUUUAUUUCUGGGAUGGAGACAAGCCGGGUGGACACAGGACAAUUACUAACCCUAACCGAUCAAGUGCCUUACAUCCUCACCAUGUCCAUCCCCCAGAAUAUGAGCAGCCACCUCACCUCCCGCAAGAAACGCUCCACGGACUCAGCAGACACGUGUACAGCGCAAACAGAGACGUGCUGCAUGCAGAGCCUGUACAUCGACUUCAGGAAAGACCUGGGCUGGAAGUGGAUUCAUAAACCUACAGGCUACUAUGCAAACUACUGCAAAGGCUCCUGCAGCUACAUCUGGAACGCUGAAAAUAAAUAUUCUCAGAUUUUGGCUCUGUAUAAGCAUCAUAACCCUGGAGCGUCUGCCCAGCCAUGCUGUGUUCCCCAGACACUGGAGCCUCUGCCAAUCCUCUACUAUGUGGGAAGACAACACAAGGUGGAGAACCUGUCCAAUAUGAUCGUGAAGUCCUGCAGAUGUUGUUAAAUGUAGACCAGGGCUGUUCUGAAGACUUACUGGAAUUUGUUUGAAGAACUACCGAUGUGGACUAGGAAGUAUUACCAGUUGUCUGGACCUUUUCACCAUGGUGCACGAAAUUCAAAUUAAAGUGCCACACCUGCGUGUUUCAAUGUUAUUCCCAGCAUUUACCCACCCCCCCGAGGGAGCAGUGAGCCGCAGUCCCAACGCGCUCUGGAAACAUGUAGCGGUUUCACUACGGACCUCUUUAUGCUCUUAUGUACAUACUUUUUGUAAACUUUUUUUCUGUUAAAGUAACUUUAUUUAUUUGUUUGAAAGAUGUAAAGUUUGACCCAGAGAAUCAUCAGUUACAUCCCGGGAGACAGUGGACGUAAAGUGAUAAACAUAAAGGAGGAACUUCUGUGUUCAUAGAUGUGACAUUUCCACCUCAACGAUCUCAGAAGAGCUUAACAUGAACAGGUGCUAACUCUCAGGUGGUUGUUGGGGUUUUCCUGAAAAAAAAAAUCUUGCAGAUGUUCUGUGUCGUUAAAAGGAAAAAUGGAAUGGGAAUCACAGGGACAGUCCAACCUGGGGAAUCUCCCUCUAACUGACUGACUGGAGGGCUGGACCUGUGAGCCGGCGAAUCGAUUCACAAACACCGUCCGUCUCUUUUCAAGUCAACAAAUGAUGCCAUCAAAUGUUUCUAUUGAAAUGUCCUCUUUCAGACUUUCUGGUUUUUAACCAGGAGUAAUGAUGUCAAUGUUUUCAGGCUUGUUUCAUAAAUUCCAAAUUUUCUGGAAAGUUUUUCUGUAUGUGCAGAGACGUUUCAGAAAAUAAAGAUUCUUCAGUUUUCUGCUUAUUACCACAUUAA